UCUGACGAAAUCCUCUUGUGAAAAGCGGGCAAAUGAGCAGCCGCACAAGGAAAUGAAACAACGAUUGAGAAAAGAGGAGAAAUAUAGCCCUGAAUUCUUACAGCGAAAUAAUAUAUUUAGUUGGUAUCUAGAUAAGACUAUUAUUUGUCUUACGGUGGCAUUCGAUUAGGUUCAUUGUAGCGAGUGAAUAUACAUAUAGUCCGUUCGUUGAAGUCUCUUUUUCAGACCACUGAUUGUGGCGCAAAACAUCAAUUGGUUAGUGUUAGUAGCUAACUUAGUUUAAGUUCUAGUUACGUGCUGGAAUUCAACCAGCUUUUUCUCCAGGCAAGACCAAAAAUGGCUCUUAUAUCAUCGUUGGACCUGGAUUUAUCCCUAUGUUAUGACUCGUCAAGUCUCUGCUCCGUUUCUACCGUCACGACGACCGCUGUUUUUACGAAUCUUACUGCGCGAAAGAAUAUGAGAGUCGCGGACAACAUGGACGAUGCUAUCCAGGAACCUAAGGAGAGCUAACCGGUAUGCUAUUGCUAACCUUCUGUAAUGGAUAAGGGACCGUAAUGGCAUUUUCACUGAUCUGAAAUGCACACCAAGUUACUAGCUAAAUUACCAGAUUUUGUCGCUAACGACAACUGCCAACGAAACGAACAAUCUCAAAUCAAGAUAACGUCGUUAGUUAACGUUACCUAGCCUGUUAACAGCUGUGAAAACUAGCUACCAAGUUGCAAGUUCUUGCUAUCCUUGAUUGCCAGACCUAAGUUUGGUCGUAAUGGACUUAAGCUAACGUUAGUUGUUUCAUAACAACGUGUUAACGUUGCUCCUGGACGUAUACCUAACUUAGUUAGCUAGCUGCAGCAACGUUAGCUAACCAAAACGCUUUAGACAAACUGCACAACGACAAGCAGUCAAUUGGUAUUCUUUAUUAAAACUACUCAUUUAGUUAUCUUGCAUAGCGACAAUUUGUUUGCCACAAGCCAGUAGUACGAAUGUUUAGGAACAUGAAUCGCGGGGAAUACUUUUCUGGGGUGCAGACACCUCCAUCCACUGCCGCCGGGCAUGCAGUGGCCUCUCUCCGGCAACCAAACCAGAACAGCUCGUUGAUGGGCAUGUUCUCCGUGAUUUCUAGGCCUGCCCUGUCAUUUCUGCAAAAUUAUUUACCAGGGCGCCCUCGGAAUCCUGCCCUGGCCGACAGUGUGUCAGGGUGGGUCAGUUGGGAUUUCAAGCAGAACUUUGUAGAGGCAGAAAGUGCGUUUUUAGGACAACUGGAUGACAUAUUGCCUGGAACUCCGCACCAUGCACACCACCUACCAUACCUGCAAUACCAGCAUGGGCUACCAGCGUCAGGUUAUAGUAAUAUGAAUUGGUUGACAGCAGAUUCUCUUAGCGAGUUAGGGAUUCGAAAUGCUGCUGAAAUGGACUUACAUUUAAGGCAAACUCCGGUAGGAUACCUCGCAACCGGUUUUCUCGGUAAAGUUUUGUUGAACGCAGCGUCGUCUCAGGAAAUAAAACACGCCAAGCAAGGGCACGUCCUUGGCGGGGAUAGUUUUUCAUCCGACGCGGUGACAGCCAGGGCAAAGAGUAGUACCGAUGGUAAAUGGUGGGGCGGGCUUUGGGGAACCGAUGACAGUGCUCAAGGGUUGCUGUCAAAUUUGUCGUCGAGCAGAGAGAGGACUGUGGAAAACAAUCACAACCGCAACGUCCAUUGUCGUCAACCAGAGUGUGGCACAAAGGCCGCCGUUACCAUGCCAACAGAGCUGUUUGUACAGUGCAAUGGUGGCGAAAGGACUGGACCCUUCUGCCACAAAGAGGAGCCAACGGACAAUGGAAGCCUUCAAAUGGCCACCGGGACAGAAUCUCUCCCUAGCCCUGAUGUUCUCCCCUUAGAUCACCGGGAAACAGUCUGUUUCAGAAGUCAUAUUGUCAGUGUUGCAGCUGUCACUGCCUUCAGUGAGUUGUCAGUUCUCACCCCUGACCAGGAUAAUGGCUACUCCAGUCUGGAAGAAGAACACUCUACCUCCAGACUGUACAUGUUGAGGCUUCCCUGUGAAGAGCUACAGGGGAUCAUAGAGAGAAAAGAGACAGACACACCAACACAGGGGAGCUCUGGUAAGAGGGAGCCGGAGGGAGAAUUGGGUGAGACAGCCUUCACAGGAGGGAUGGAAGGGGAAGAGGAGGUUGAGGACUCGGACGUCACAGACUCUGAGGAAGAGGAAAUGGUGUCCGCUGCGCCCCCCUCCACACCUCGGUGCAGUAACAAGGCUAUCGCCUACAUCAUGGGCAGCCCCUGCAGUGAUGACAGCCAAUCAGACGACUCGCUCAGCGAGGAUGACGAUGGUUUUGACGGUGACAGCUCGUCACAAUUCUCAGAUUCCGAUGUGCUAGAUGAAGAUGAGGAGGAUGCAUCCGAUUCCGAGCGGCCAGACUCAGAAACGGAGAGACUGUGGAACUCACUGUGCCAAAGCAAUGAUCCCUAUAACCCCCAAAACUUUACUGCCCCCCUCCUCACCAGCCCUAGAACCGUCCUGUCCACCUCUACAGCCACAGCAGCCUGCUCCCUUCAAGCCUCACCUCCAGAGCAACCCCCCUCUCCCUUCUCCUCUUCCUCCUCUCCUGCGGAGGAGUUUGGCUCUGGGGAUGAGUCCAGCAGCGGUGAGGUGGAUGAGGCUGAGAGCCUGAGGCUGUGGAACUCCUUCAGCUCCUCCUCAGACCCCUACAGCCCUUUCAACUUCCAGGUCCCGCUCAGGACUAGAGAGCCGACAGGGGCUAAAGCAGGUGCAGGGACAGGGGCGCGCUGUAAGAGGAGCAGCAAGACAACCCCAUGCUCCCCCCGUCAUGAACAGGGACAGAGCCACUCGCCUCCCCAGUACAAGAAAGAGGCAGCAGAGGAGAGGCUAGACAGUGGCUUCUCAGAGACCCUCUCCAUCCCAGAGAUCGCCACCAUGGGCUGUGUCACAGUAAAAAAGGUGUGUUUCUGUGACACGGUGGAGGAGUUCUACGCCAGCGAGGACGACGAGGACCGGUGCGGGCCGUGGGAGGAGCUAGCCAGAGACCGUGCUCGUUUCCUCCGGCGUGUUCAGGAUGUGGAGGACGGCAUCGGCUACGUCCUCAGCACUACCUUCCGCGUAGCCGUCUACCAGAGACUACAGCACUACAACUGAUCCUGACCUCUGACCCCUAAUGUCCUACAACACUUCUGAUCAUCUGUCUUGUCUCUCUGUGACCCCUGUAGCACCAGUCCCAUCUUCAACAGAAUGCAUCAGAACUUCUAAGUCAUGCUUCAUCCCCUUCCCUGUUGACCCCCAAACCUCAACUUCAACCUGGGUGUGUAGAAAAGAUUACAUCAGAGCGGUUGAGAACCCCCAUACAAUCCAUCCCUCCUCACCCCCCCUUACCGUCAGUCUGGAGUGUUGGGGAAGAUGUGAUAAAAAAAACUUGCUCCCUCUCUUCACUGCCCUCUUCCUGAUCGUUUGCUGUUUUUCUUUAACCUCAGUGGAGUGAUAACCUAUUUUACGAUGUGAUUCAGGAUGACUGCUAACUAGGAGGAGUGCUGGUAAUGUAAAGGUAUAAGGGCUUACUGGUUCCAGUGGGAGAAACUCAGUCGAACACAGAGCAGGUCUUCCUGCUGGGCUGUGUGCUCAGUAACCUGACUGAAACGCAGAACUCUACACUUCAGCUAAGACUGUUUCUUUUAGUUUUAAAAUGGAUUCAAAACAUUUUUUUAGUCCCGUUGAGUUUACUGAACCUUUCGGUGUUGCACCUUCCUUCUCUAUCUGACGCGUGCUAUCUGGGUCUCUGCCUGGUAGUGUUCUGUUUCAUGUUAACCUGAUCCCAGGCCGUGCCUAUUGUCCUGUUCAGUAUUUCAAAUGUUCAGUAUUAUCCCCCUGAGCACCCAUAUCCAAAUGUCACACUGCUCCCCGGAGCUGAAUCGGGUUUGUUAAGAGCUUUUGGAAAACAAACCUGGUUUGAAAUAACAGAAGAAGAAUAAAUAAUUCAAGGCUUCCUGUACGCCGUAACAAGCAGAGUACCCGAAUGUUGAAAGUGUUCUAUUUGAUCAUAAGCCGAGGGUGUAAACCUACAGUAUGUUGACGUGUAUAGCAAGCCUCUAUACUGUAUUGAUGGUAAAGUGUUGAAACCAAGCCUGUGUUGUUGUGGGCUCUUCCUGGUUUCGUUCAUUUAGCCAUUGACUUCAGUUCUAUCCCAUGUAUUAUUAGCUAACUGCAAAGAUAACCCACCUCUGCCCUCAACUGGCUCUUCCAGUAUUUACACCUGUAGAUUUCCUCAUAACAGCCCACAGUAUGAAUACACUAACCAUCAUAGAAUAGACAAUAGCAUUGCUCUGCUUGUGACCUAUCCAGUAAUGUACAAGGCAAGAUAAAAAAAAAAAAAAAAAUUCUCUGGCUGCAAGCCAAUGAUCAGUAAAGGCCGAAGUGAAUGCUUAUGGGUAAGGGUGAAGUGAAAUUAUUUGCAUGAUCAAUGCAUCUUUAGUGGCCUCCUCGUCUACCUCCCUUAGUCAUCACUGUGGUUUCCUCUAACAAAACAAUAUUGCUUUAAUCUAUUUACAGUUUGCACCAAUAGGUUUCCUUCAGUAAUGUGUUUCCCUUCUCCAGAGCUUGCAUCCAUCAGUGGUCAUCUAGGAAAGGAGACGAGGAAAGCAAGCUCUCUACGACUCCUCCAUUUCUAGACUACCUAUCCCCACUAUUUAUUAACCCUGUAAUGCCUGUACAGACCCAGUGUUGUGUUACUCAUUUUGAGGGGUUAAUUUCUCCUAUGUGGCUAAAAGGGUUCAUCGCUGGUGUGACCAGGUUGGAAAGAAAGCAGGGAUGUGAAAUGCACGUUGUUCUGAAGUGAUUCUCAGUGUCAUGGAGAAAAUCAAAUAUAUAAAAGAUGCUUGGGAACUGAAAAAUAUAACUAAUUUAACUUGGUGUUCUUUUAGUCAAUACAGUUAACAUGAAAUUGAUUUAUUUUUGUAAAAUAUUUUAGGAUGAGUUAGUAGUUCUACACUGUUCCUUAUAAUAUACAUUUUGAAUUAAUAUUCAGUGAAAAUAAAUCUUCAAUUAUGAA